CAACAGGCGCAGGUUUCCAUGGCGGAGCAAACACCAGCCGGACCGAGCAGAGCUGCACGGCGGCCACAGACCACGGGCUGGCCACAAAACCACCUAGAGGAGCUGUUAUUUGGGUGACACGCCAAAAAUAAACAGAUGCAAAAGGCUCGGUUAAGAUCCAGAAAGCCCCCAAGGCCAUCGCUGCUGUAAAACCUACUGCGUCCCCUACUGGCAGUAACUGGCAUUUGAUUGAUUUGUUUAUGCUUUUCCUUGGGCCAAGGUCAAAGACACCAUCUCCACUCAACAUCUUGAAGUGUUUCUUCCAAACCCAGAAUGGAAAUCCAACUUGAACGGCCAGGAAUCCCAGAAAAGGUUGAAGAAAGACCAAUGGAAAACCCAUUUACAUUUGCUCCAGAUAUUGACAUUUUCUCAAUAAGGAACAAGGAAAGAAAACAAGCCAAGGAGGAACAUGAAAGGAUGAAGACCAUGAAAAUCCAUGAGAAAAUGACUUACUCCACUAAAAUAAAAGCAAAGCAAAAAGAUGGCAGGAAAGCUCUGCAAAUGGAGGAGGACGAGGAGGACAGAAAACUGGAAACAAAUGAAGAAAGACUCAGAACUCUUCAGGAGAGUCUUUUAUGGAAGACAGCCAUGAAAAGAGAUUAUUCAGUAAAAAAGGAGCCAUUGUGUGACUACGUAAAUGGCAGAAGAGAGAUAUUUUUACUUGAGUAUGCCAUGGCGGUGAAGCGAGAUGAGAUCCAAAGGAUGGAGGACAUAAUAAAGGACGAGGAAAGAAAACUGCAGAAGGCUGAAUACUACCUGGAGGAGGAUGCUACUACCUUCGAUGAGUUACUGAAGGAGAAACAUAAAAGCUCGGUUCAAGCCCUGAAAAUUUCUGAAAAAGAAACCACAGCGAAGACAAAGAAAAUAAAGGAAAUCCAGGCAAUCACUUCCCAAAUAGAGAACCUCGAAAGUGAUAUAUACAGAUUCAAUAAUACUGUGCGGGACUACAAGACAUACAGGGACUUCCUCUAUCAACUGUGUCCAAAAGAGUGGCAGGAGGAACAUAGCAAAAAACACACAAAGGAAAAGGAUUUGGAAACAGCAUCCAAAGACCUGGGUCGCAAAACCAGGACAAACAGCUCCAGUCUCAAUAGUAUGAGUGAUAUGGAUGCAUCAGGUCCCCUGCUGUCUUCAAGAAGUUUGAGAUUAGGCUCAUUACAGGACAUCAGGCCACAGCUCAAAAAACUCCUGAAGCCUCUAACAGGAAAACUAGGUUCACUGGAGGAUGCAGGAAGUGAAAAAUGCUUGGAUGAAGAGGAGAAGCCAGACUUGUAUUUUACUGAUCCCCAACAACUGCUGUCUAUUUUCAUGGAGAUGGAGGAAGAGAAUUUGUCCUUCAUCCAGAAUUCCCAGGAGACUGAGGAAAGUCUGCAGAAGGUCCAACACACUUUUGUCACCACACAUGAAAGCAGGGAGAAGACGUUGGCAGAGCUGAAACAGCAGGUAGCCACCCUCAAAUCCUCCAUCGCCAAAGAAGAGGAGAGAGUAGCGGAUCUGAAGCUCAAAACUGAUGACCAAGCACACCCUGAGAUCAAGGAUGAAAUGCUCACAAGCCUGCACAAGAAGGUGCUGGAAGUCUAUUGCCACUGCACUGGAGAUAAUGAGACAGACCUGGAGCCUGUGGAGAUGUUAAAGGUGAUAGAAAAGCAGCUCAUUGAUUUACUGGACUACUUGGAGACAAUCCCACCAGAAAACAUAAAACAGGCCAAGAAAGCCAAAGAAAAGGAACAGAGAUUGAGGUUCAGAGAGGAAAAGCUCAGACAACAGAAGCAGCAGCAGGAGGAAAGAUUGCAACGGGCCCUGGAAAGAUCACAGGCAACCGUAAAGAUAAAGAGCGGCAGGAGGCUGGUGUUCCGCUCCAACCCCCCUGCCAGGAGGCAGAAGAAAAAGCACAGCCAAGAAGAAACGGAUAAGGAAAAGGAAGAAGAGCUCUAUUAUUUCACUUGACAGCACGAGCCUGAAGCGCAGCGGGUAGGGCCGGUGCUGCUCUAGGAAAACGUUUCACGGUGCCUGUUAGCCAUGCGUUAGCCUGUUAGACCUGUUCAUGGUCCCGUGAAAUUCCGUAUCUUCUCCCACCCUGUGAUCCCAGGGGAGGCUGCUGUGUCAGGCAACCAUUUUUCCCCCCCACUGAUCUUUUGCCUAAGAAAAUAAAUUAAACUUCUCUCCUUUUGCUUCCCAAGCUCCUGCUACCGACGCUCUUCUCCAUCACUUUUGACACAAAUAGCACCAUCCCUACAAACCUGACCAGGGAGAUUUAUCACAGUCCUGGGUAAAAAUCUGUUAUGCCACGACUAAGCCAGACAUCUGACAGACCUGUAUUAUAACCACAAAUCUGCUGCAGAACUAUAAAAAACUAAGGCUAUGCUUUAAUCCAAAGGAUGGGUUGCUAUAGAUUCCACCCCACUCCUGCGGAGCACACAGGCGAAGGAAAGACACAGCUCUGCAUAAACCAAGCUGCUAACAAUCAGCUUUAUGUCAGAUGCGUCCAUACAAAGAACAAUACCCGGGGACAAACUGACCAUAAAAAAAAACCUUUAUUGACCCUUUUGCACCAACAGUUCUUCAGGCAUCCAUUGCCAGCAAUGGAGUUUAAGCCAAGUGAUCCCAUUUUCAUCUCAAAGAGGUUAGCACUUUACAUUCACUUACAAAGCUGAGUGAGGUACAUUUUAACAAGUAGAAAGAUUCGGUUGCAAGUCCCAUAACAAAAAAAGAAAAGAAAAAAAAAAAAAAAGGAGUGUUCCUUGGCCAUUUUAGUAGAUUAAGAACCGGUGUGGUUGUUGAGAACGGAAUAACGCAGGCAUUGGGAGCUCAAGGUGCCUCGGCUUCCAGGGGGAGCACAGUGACCACGAGCACACGACCCCGUAGUCGCCGUUCAGCACGAUUCCUCAACCCUCCUACCUCUCGGGAUGGACGGACUCCGUGCUGCAGUCACCGGCAGAAAAUCUCAUCUACCAGUUAGCUUUGGUUUGGAAACCCAGCCUGAGGGGGUUAAGAGAUUCCCUGGGCAUAAGCUGUAAACUCAGGAUGAGAGGAACAGAGAGACCUCAAUGCUCAGUUAAGCUAAAGACAGAAAAAUAGAACUGGUUCAACCAGAAGAUAAAAUACUGCCUACAAAUCAGGAGCUGAAGUUGAAUGUAACCUGGAUACUUUGUUUUCCCCUCCCCAAGCCUUCAACCAAAAGAGCAUUUAUCUGGACGUGUACAUAGUUCAAAAGGCACAGGAAGUAAAAGCAUUUCUGAAUGACCUCGUGUGAAUUCGAUAUAACUGUAAAAUAAAUAAAUAUGUGCAAGAUUAGAAAGAUCACAAUGUUCUUCUGCAUGACAUUAUCUUAUUCUGUAAAAAAAAUACACAUACGUGCAUACACACACCUCACUGAGAAUAAAAAACAGUACAUACACCCUUUUAUCAAACUCCUAUACAUAGUUUUAUAGGCAUUCAGUACAUCACCAUAAGAAACAUUUAAAUUACUACCUUAAAAUGUAACCAAAGGUGGUGGUGUUUUUUCCUAUACAACCCUAUGCUUAUUUAAGUGACUGCAAUCCAGGUAAGUAGAGUACAUACAACCUCUCCCCCGUCCUCAAGAGAAACUGCUGGUUUUCAAUGGGGCAAAUCUUCCCAGGUAACAAUUCCUGUCCCCUCAUAAAAGACUCUUACAACUGCAUAUUCUGUAAACCAGCCGGAAGCUCCACAUGCACGUGACACUCUGGGAUAUCAAUAAAGAACAAGUGUUAACAAUGUUCAAUUGAAAAAGAAAUAAUAUAGUGACCAGUUUCUAGGUAACUUGGCAGCAGUCUAUAGAUGAGAUAAAAUCAAGGUGCUUACGUCAACAUUACGGUCAACAUUCCUCCCAAAAACGGGAACACAAACAUAAAACUAACC